AUGAAGAGUCGAGACGACAUUGGUCUUGUGACCGGCGCUGGAGGCGCUGGGACAGUCGCUGCGACUCCCUUGCAAAAUGAUGCUGCAACCACAUAUUUCUUUACAUUCGGAGAUUCCUACACUCAAACCGAAUUCUCUAUCGAUGGCACACAGCCAUCUGCUGAAAAUCCAAUAGGAAACCCGACAUUAGGGACCGGUACAACGAGUGGUGGCACCAACUAUGUCGGAUACCUUACCACUUUAUACAACACCUCACCUGUACUCAGCUAUAACUUUGCCGUUGGAGGGGCGACAAUCGACAAUAGAAUUGUCGAUACCAAGGUCAAGGAUGUGACAACCCAAGUCGGAGAGUUCGAGUUGGCAUAUGGCAAGAGGCCUGCAUCUACACCGUGGACUUCGGAAAACGCCGUGUUCGGAUUCUGGAUUGGCAUUAAUGAUAUCGGCUGGGGUUACUCUGGCACACAGCCUGGUGUCUUGGUUCCGACAUUGAUGGCUCAGUACAAGUUCCUCAUUGAAAGACUAUAUGCAGCUGGUGGACGGAAAUUCCUUUUCCUCAAUGUCCCACCUACAAAUCGCACUCCCAUGAUCAUCAAAGAGGGACCGGAUGCAGUCAAGACCUAUACCACAUGGGUAAAGGCCUAUAACGACGGUCUUGAAUCAAUGAUCGAUGACUUCGAGUCAACCCACACUGGAACUACUAUCGUUCGCUACGAUACUUGGUCCUUUAUGCCGAAGAUCCUGGACGACCCUCAGGCAUAUGGAUUCCCAAAUGCCACUUGCUACAAUGAGAAUGGCACCUCCUGCAUUUGGUGGAAUCACUACCACCCCGGUCAGAACUACCAUAAAUUACAGGCAGCAGAUAUGAAACAGUAUUUGCAACCCCUUGGUGCCUGGUAG